GCCCUCUACGCUGUGUUCUUUUUCCCUCCGUCGCUCUAAAGGUCUCCCUGCCUCUGAUUGGUGGAGGCGCUGUGUUCUUCAGACAGCGGUGACUCUGGCCCCGCCCCUCGCUGUCCGCCGAACAUCCGGGUCCUUCGGCGGCUCGGCCGAUGGGCAGCCAUGGCGGAGAAGAAACCUGGAGAGCCUGCGGAGGACGGAGAGCGCUCCAAACUGGAAGCGUCUCACUGCGCGUCCACCGCGGCCACGAACCUCGCCAUCCUGAAAGAGCGCUCCUUCGAUAUUACCUUCGACGUGGGGGAGGAAUACGAGGUCAUCGAGACCAUCGGCACCGGAGCUUAUGGCGUGGUGUCGUCUGCUCGCCGGAAGGGCACCGGUCAGAAGGUGGCCAUUAAGAAGAUCCCCAACGCCUUCGAUGUGGUGACUCACGCCAAGCGCACCCUACGGGAGCUGAAGAUCCUGAAGCACUUCAAUCACGACAACGUCAUCGCCAUCAAAGACAUCUUGAAGCCAUCCGUGCAUUAUUCAGAGUUCAAAUCUGUGUACGUGGUGCUGGAUCUCAUGGAGAGCGACCUUCACCAGAUCAUCCACUCCUCGCAGCCUCUGACCUUAGAACACGCUCGCUACUUCCUGUACCAGCUGUUGAGGGGUCUGAAGUACAUCCACUCGGCAAACGUUCUCCACCGCGACCUGAAGCCCAGUAACCUCCUGAUCAACGAGAACUGCGAGCUGAAGAUCGGCGACUUCGGCAUGGCCCGAGGACUUUGCACCAAGCCCGACGAGUAUAAAUAUUUCAUGACGGAGUAUGUGGCCACCCGCUGGUAUCGCGCCCCGGAGCUCAUGCUGUCGCUUCACGAGUACACUCAGGCCAUCGACGUGUGGUCCGUGGGCUGCAUCUUUGCCGAAAUGCUGGGCCGCAAGCAGAUCUUCCCCGGCAAGAACUAUAUCCACCAGCUUCAGCUCAUCAUGACGGUGCUCGGAACACCCUCCGGCCAGGUCAUCCGAGCCAUCGGGGCAGAGAGGGUCCGAGCAUACAUUCAGAGCUUGCCUUCUCGCCAGCCGAUAACCUGGGCAAGCCUGUACCCUCAAGGAGACAGGAAAGCCUUGGAUCUGCUGUCCAAAAUAUUGAGGUUUGACCCGCGCGAGCGGAUAUCUGUGUGCGAAGCACUGCGGCACCCUUUUCUAUCCAAGUACCACGACCCGGACGACGAGCCUGAAUGCGUGCCGGCAUUUGACUUUGACUUCGACAAGCAGGUUCUGACGAAGGAGCAGAUCAAGGAGGCCAUCAUGGCAGAGAUAGACGGCUUCCACCAAAGGAGAGAGGGCAUCCGGCGGCAGAUCAGCUUUAAACCCGCUCUGAAACCGGCGGAGGAGGGCCCGGCGACCGACGGCGUUAUCAGGUCAGACGACUUUCAGUCGCCGCCGCUCCCGCCGCCGCCUCAAGGGUUUGAUGUGGAUAUGCCAAGCGCCAACUCCGCCAGGGAGAGAGGCGAUUUCCCCAUGGAGUCGCCGCGAGUACCCGUGAAGCCCGAAACCAUCGACCUGACAUCUCCUGUGGAGAGCGAGGACAUUGUGCCACUGAGUGAAAGUGCGGAGGUAAAAGAGGAGGCCCCCGUGAUUAAGACCGAUCCCGAGCCGGUGCCAAAGAAAGAGGGCGCUAUAUCCGACGACACCAAGGCGGCACUGAAAGCCGCUCUACUGAAAUCGGCCCUGCGCAACAAAUCCAAAGAUGCCCCCAGCUCCAUCCCUGAGACGCCUGAAACAAAGAAGCCAAUCACAGCACAGGAGCGCCAGCGAGAAAGGGAGGAGAAGAGGCGGCGGCGGCAUGAGCGCGCCCGGGAGAAGGAGAAGAAGCAGAAAGAGAAGGAGCGCCGCGAGAAAGCGGAUGGAUUCGGGGGGUUGAUUUUGAGCGAAAGCGACAAGAACCUUUUGGAACGGUGGACGCGAAUGAUCGAUCAUACGCAGCAGCACCCAAUUCCCCAGCCAGCCCCUCUUCCUGCCAACCAAAACCCAACCGUGCCAAAACCUGCUCCGUGUCCAGACGUGAGAACCAUGACACCGCCCCUACCCCAGCAGACAGUGUUUGGCAUGGCCAAUCUCAAUCCUGUUCCUGAGGUCCGAUGCCAGCAGAACGGAACCAUCUCGGCUCCUUCGGUUGCACCAAAUAUACAGUUCAUUCCGAGGUGCCUGAACCCCUGCCCUGUGCCCAACCUUCUCCAUUAUGUGCCCCCCACCCCCGCAGCCUUCCAGAUUGCCCCCGUGGUGCUGGCUCCCCAAGUGAAGCAGGUGGCUCCUCCUAUCAGUGGACAGCUUCCCCCAGAUGUCAAAUUCAUUUCCAGCGGGCCAGUUCUUCCUGGCACUUUCCCUGCUCAGGCCCGGAUCAACCCACCUUGGAGCAGAGGGGGGCACCAGGAAAGCUGGCCGGCGGACACAGGAGACGGGAAGCGGAAUUCUGUCACCGUGGAUCCCGCGCUCUUUCUACGCAACCCCGCCGACAUUGAGCAACCAACCCAAGUCCCAGGGAUAGCAUUCACUGGUGGGGUAGACUGCCGCCUUCAAGAAGAGCCCAAAACUCAAGAUCUGACACCUCUACGGCCCACCACCUUCAACACAACCGACCCCUCCACCUCUGUUUCUCCUGAUAUCAACUUUGUGACCCAGCAGUUCUCAAAGUCACAGGUGGAGGAUGUCCUGCCCCCGGUCUUCUCUGUCACACCGAAAGGAAGCGGCGCCGGGUACGGACUGGGCUUCGAUCUUGAGGAGUUCCUGAACCAGUCCUUCGAUAUGGCGUCGGAGAGCCGAGAAAGCCUAGCAGACUCCGCCCCUCUUUCAGCAUCACUCUUAGCCGAUUGGCUGGAAGUUCACCGCAUGAAUCCUGCAGACCUGACUGCCCUCCAAGAGGACCUGCAGCUGGGAUCUCCCAUGAUCCUCUCCGACAUUCCAGACCUCCAAGACAGCUGAGCAAAUGCGGCACCGGACGAAGGCCUCUGUGGAGAGCAAA